GUAGAGGUUUGAGCUCCGCAUUGUCAAUCCUAUUUUUCUGGGUCGUCUUCCUGAAGUAACUGUUCAAAGUUUUCUACUUUUUUCCUAUUUUUAGCCAUUGAUGGAUCGCCAUUUAGGGUGCACAGGUGCUGGGGUGAUGCAGAAGCCUCCAUCCUUUCAUUCUUCUAUAUGGAGGAGAGCCCCUGCGUUGUCGAACAUGGACUCUCAAAAUCUCUUUGAUGGGUCUUUCUCACAGACAUGAAGAGGUGUGCCAUCAUCUUUUCGGCCCAUUGUUAUCAAGUCUUCUCUUUUCAUCUACGGUUGGGUUCUGCCACAAAUUUUCUUCCAGCCUUGUUGUUUCUUGAAAAUAAUUGUGUUAGAAAGCUGUCCUCGUUUGGCUCAAACAGUGCCAGACCCUUUCCUGAUUAUUCACCAAAGAAACCUAGCAUUAGAGACUCUGAGCUUGUCUAUAACAUCUCCACUGCCAUUAAGCAACGCCGCUCUGAGCCCCUUCGCUGCAUUCUGAAGCCCUUUGAAUCCAGAUUCAGGCCUAACCACCUCAUUUGGGUUCUGAUGGACAUAAAAAAUGAUUACAAACUGGUUUUGGAUUUCUUUGAAUGGUCGUGUUUGCACAGGGACCCAUCUCUAGAAGCCCGUUGUAUUGUUAUUCAAAUCGCGGCUGCUGAAAAGGAUCCAAAGAUGGCUCAUGGACUCAUUCGUGAUUUUUGGAGAAAACCCAGCCUAGAUAUUAGUCUUUCAUUUGCUCAUUUCCUUGAAAAUUUGAUAUACACCUAUAAGGAUUGGGGGUCUAGUCCUUAUGUGUUUGAUAUUUUCUUCCAAGUCCUUAUUGAAGUUGGGAUUCUUGGUGAAGCGAGAAAACUUUUUGAUAAGCUGUUGAACUAUGGGUUGGUUUUAUCUUGUGAUUCCUGUAACUUAUUUCUCUCGCGUCUGUCAAAUAAUCUUGAUGAGCUCAAGAAGCUGUUGAAAGUUUUUGGUGAAUUUUCUGAAGUGGGAGUUUGUUGGAAUACUGCAUCAUAUAAUAUAAUUAUGCACUCUCUUUGUCAAAGAGGGAAAGUGAAAGAAGCUCAUCCUCUGCUUUUGCAAAUGGAGCUGCGGGGCUGUGUUCCUGAUGUUAUAAGUUACAGCACUCUAAUUAAUGGUUAUUGUCAAUCUGGGGAACUUCAAGUAGUGUUGAAGGUUAUAGAAGAAAUGCAAGUAAGAGGAUUGAACCCAAAUGCAUUUACUUUCAACAGCAUAAUCCUUCUUUUGUGUAAGAGUGGUAAAGUAUUGGAUGCUGAGAGGGUGUUAAGGGAGAUGAUCUGUCAGGGAAUAGUUCCUGAUAAUGUAGUUUACACAACUCUCAUUGAUGGUUUUUAUAAAGUUGGGAAUUCUACGGCUGCAUACAGGCUGUUUGAUGAAAUGCGGGGUCAGGAAAUAAGUCCUGAUUUUAUAACAUUUACCACUCUUGUUUGUGGACUUUGUCAAACUGGAAACAUUGCAGAAGCAGAUAAGCUCUUCCAGGAAAUGCUUAACAGAGGGUUGGAACCAGAUGAAGUUACAUAUACAGCACUGAUCGAUGGCUAUUGCAAAGCAGGAAACAUCGUGCAGGCUGUAAAGCUAGUGGAAGAUAUGGAGAUGGCACGGAUCAAUCCCGAUACUUAUACUUACACUACUUUAAUGGAUGCUUAUUGUAAAUAUGGAGAGAUGGUCAAGGCACAUGAACUUCUCCGUGAGAUGUUAGAUAGAGGGCUUCAACCAACUGUUGUUACGUUCAACGUUCUGAUGAAUGGGUUUUGUGUGUUAGGGAUGCUAGAAGGUGGAGAGAGACUCCUAAAAUGGAUGUUGGAGAAGGGAAUAAUGCCUAAUGCCACCUCCUACAAUUCUCUCAUGAAGCAGUACUGCAUCAGAAAUAACAUGCGUGCAACAACAGAGAUUUACAAAGGGAUGUGUGGUCAAGGAGUGUUGCCCAAUGGCAACACCUAUAAUAUACUAAUAAAAGGGCAUUGUAAAGCAAGGAAUAUGAAGGAGGCAUGGUUUUUGCAUAAAGAAAUGUUAGAGAAAGGGUUUAAUCUCACAGCUGAUACCUACAAUGUGCUCAUCAAGGGUUUUAUUAAGAGGAAGAAGCAUUUAGAGGCAAAGAAUCUGUUCAAAGAGAUGAGGGAUGAGGGCUUGAUUGCUGAUAGAGAAUUAUAUUACAUUUUCAUUGAUAUGACCUUUGACGAAGGGAACACCGAUAUGACUCUUGAGCUUUGUGAUGAAGCAAUAGAGAAGUGUCUCGUGGAUGGACCAAUAAUGGGAACUGAUGACUAUAAUUUCAACAUGUGAUGAGAUAUUUGUGGGCAGAAAGUUUCAGUUUUCUUUAAUUGCACUCCGAAGUUGAAAUCCUCGUAGUAACGGACGUAGCAUCCUAAAACCAAGCACAAUGGGGAAAACAGAUGGAGCAAUGAACAUGGCUCAUAUUGAGCGGUUACCUGGAAAGUAGCACAAAGUUUUUUUCAAUGAAUUCAGGUGUUGCAGAUGUGGAGUAGCUCAAUGCGAAAGCAGAUGAAAUCGUUAAUUGAGCACAAUUAACCCGAGGCCAAGAAUGCCAACAGAUGUGUUGCAAAAUAUUAUGGAAUGAGAAACAACCCUUUACAAGGAAAAAUGAAUUACCGAAGUUGGAGUUAUGGAUGACCCAAUUUGGUUCAGCCAAAUGAAAUGCGGAUUAAAUGCGAUCCUGUCACAUUCUUAUUACCAGAAGCGAUUACCAUUAGCUAUACAUGAACUUGAAAAUUCAGUUGUUAGCAGUUUAUUCCAAGUUUACAUUGUUUAUAGCUAUGAUAUGUAUAUAUGCACACGUAUAUAGAUUCCAUCAUUCAUGUUCCAUAUGAAUGAGGUGGGUUGAAAGAUUGUUUAUGUUCUAUUCUGAUAAUGAGAGCUGGAUUCAGAAAGUUUCAAAAUUUCUGAUGCUGGGCAGAUUGAAUCAUUCUUCUCAAUCAGAUCAGAGGGGAACAGAACGGCUUUUUAAGAGACAGGUGAGUGGUUUGUCAAGCUGAAUAGUUAGGUUAGUCUAUUGUCAA